AUGUCCGAGGCUUAUUUCCCCGUGGAGUCGGGUGCGCUAGGAGUUGAAGAGAACUUUCUUUCACUGGACGACAUUCUGAUGUCUAAUGAAAAGCUCCCGGUGCGCAUGGAGACAGCUAUGCCGCGCCUCGGAGCUUUCUUCCCAGAGCUGAGUGGAGGCGCCGAGACUGACCACGCGAUCCCUCCAGGCUCAAAGCUUGAAAUCCCCUUGUGGUUGGCUAAAGGACUUUUUGACACCAAGCGGCGGAUCCUUUCUGUGGAACUUCCCAAGAUCUAUCAAGAGGGUUGGAGGACCGUGUUCAGCGCAGAUGCCAAUGUGGUGGACCUCCAUAAGAUGGGGCCUCAUUUCUAUGGGUUCGGCUCCCAGCUCUUACAUUUUGACAGCCCAGAGAAUGCAGAUAUUUCUCAGUCUCUCCUGCAGACAUUUAUUGGACGUUUUCGCCGCAUCAUGGACUCCUCUCAGAAUGCUUACAAUGAAGACACGUCGGCGCUGGUUGCCAGGCUAGAUGAGAUGGAGAGGGGCUUAUUUCAAAUGGGUCAGAAAGGACUGAACAACUUUCAGUGCUGGGAGAAGGGACAGGCGUCUCAGAUCACAGCCUCAAACCUUGUUCAGAAUUACAAGAAGAGAAAAUUCACCGACCUGGAAGGCUGA